UUGAGUAACAACAAGUCUUGUGAAGCUGGAAAUUUGACAACAAAUAUGUGUGACAUUGUUGUAAAAAAGGAGCCAAUAGUUGAAGGAAAUGAAAAGGUUGAAGUAAAAAGUGAAAAAGAAGAGACCAAUACUGAUUUUAAUUCCCAAUUUGAAAUAUUAGGGUCAGUUAUCACAUUUAAAGAUGAAGAUACAAUGGAAGUUCCUCAGUUUCUUGAUAAUGAAAAUAUUUGUCAAUCAAAAUUGUUGCCAGCACAGAUCCCUCCAUCUAUAGAAAAAGGGGCAAUGGUUGUGUCACCAAUGCAAACCAAACUAAUGUACAAAAAAAUGAAUGAGAAAGUUGUGUGUCCCUCAAAUUUAUCUUCAGAACAGACGCCUCCAUCUGUGGAAAAAGGGGCAUUGGUUGUGCAUCCAACAAAUAAGACCAAAAUCAUUUAUGAAAAUCUUAGAAAACUUUUAAGUACAAGGCAAUUCGCUAAAGAUGUACCUCUUCCUGCAAAUAUUUCAGAGAAUACACUCAACAGUAAUGCUAUAAAUAGCCAACCAAAAGAUACUAACAGUAAUGCUGGGCAAGAUUUUGUAAAAUCCCAUUCUAUAAAGGUUAUUGGUGCUGUUUCCAAUAAAUCACUCAGUACCUUGACAGACCAGACAGUACAACCUCAUAUAUUAAAACCUCAACCACAUGUAGUUAAACGGGUUAUCAGAUAUAUACGAAAACCUGACUCCAAUGUCAACGAUGACAAAAUGGAUAAAAUUGAUUAUAAUGACAGUUGUCAUCAUGGUCAGUCGGACAAAGUGGUUUCUUCAGUAACUACGGCACCUCAGAACUUACAAAACUUGCAAGUAAAUUUCAAUGAUUGUAACCAAUCUUCAGAUAGUUUUUCUUGUGAAAAAAAUAAAAAUGAUAGAACAAGGGAUAUUCCAUUGACAGUCAACAUAGUGCAUGCAGUGAACAACUUUCAAACAAAAUUCAAUGGUAAAUGGGUGAAAAAGAAUGAACCUUUCAGAGGUGGAGUGUUGGGAAAUCUGAGAAAAAAGGUGCUUCCAAAGUACACUUCUAGUUUAAUUACUGUAAUGCUACCAAAUGAUGCCAUAGAGACUGGAUAUGACUGUAAAGAGUGUAACAAGUUACUAGUUGCUUACAAUUAUCAAAGGUUGCCAAUGUAUCAGUGUAGAGAAUGUUUUUUUAGUAGUAUAUGUAAAGAUGCAUUCAUGUCGCAUUUCAAGAGUUCUAUAUUCCAUCAAAUAACAUCAAAUGUUAAAAAGAAACCAGGAAAAACAAGAAUAAACAUGAUAAAUGAAAAAAAACUGGACUUCAUAUUGGGAUGCAGAUGUGAAUUGUUUCUUACUAACAGUUCAACGGAAAUGGCUGAUCACUUGGCUACUUGUAAGGUUGGAAAUCAGACAUGUUUAAUUAUGAGAGAUAUGUAUCCUGUGGCUAGUUUUGGGAAUAUUUCUAUGAGUGAAUGUGCAAAAGCACUCAAUACAAUGACACCAGAAGAGGAACCAGUACAAAGAAAUAUAACAACAGAUGUUCAAUAUGUACAGACACAUGAAAGGUUAGAUCCACAGUUCAAAGACCAAUAUAGUCUGAAUGUUGCAAAAGGACAUGAAAAGCAAAUUUCUACGAAAUUAUCUGAUGUGCCUAUAACAGUCUCAAGUUCUCCAGCCGCCAAAGGUGGUCAAAGCAGUCAUUUUAUAAAUAAUCACAAAGCUUCAAUCAGAGUUCAGAAUAAUGAAUUGGCAUUUAUUGGGAAACAGGAUGAUUCAGAAUUACAAUCUGCAGGAAUUGUUUCAGAGGUGUCUGUAGUAGAUUCACUUAUGAACCAUUUUCCUAAAGUAAGAAGUAUAGCAGCAGACCCACAGAUGAACACUUCAUCUGAAAUUGCUCAAAAAGCUCCACUAAAGACAUUUCAACCCAAAGCACCAAGACUUAAAAUUACACAUGAUCCCACUGGGGUAAGACAGACCUCAAUUUCUUCAAGACAUGUGAGCCUAACACUUCCUGCGAACUAUUAUGAUCAGAAAAAGACAGCCAAUGAUACACCUUCUUCAUCAACUUCAACUCCACGAGGUGUAAUAAAAAUAAUUCCUGGGGAAAAAGGGCAAAAGGAAGUCUUGUUUUUUCCCAUUGGGACAACAUCUUCCACAACCAAUAGUGAAGCACCCAUACUGAUAACACCACCUAGGUCAGAUCAAAAUACAACAACUUCUACCAUUCAGAAUACAGCUUCUGUAAAUGCUUUAACUGCCAAAUAUAACGAUCAAGAACAAAAUAUGAUGCAAUGGGAAUUUCAACCCAAAGCACCGAGACUUACUCUAGAUCCCACUGGGGUAAAACAGACCUCAACUUCUUCAACACAUGUGAGCUUAACACUUCCUUCGAACUCUUAUGAUCAGAACAAGACAGCCAAUGAGACACUUUCUUCAUCCACUUCAACUCCACAUGGUUUUAUAGUAGUACUUCCAGGGAAAAAAGGGCAAAAGGAAGUCUUGUUUUUUCCCAUUGGAACAACAUCUACCACAACCAAUCGUGAAGCACCUGUACUGACAGCGCCACCUAGGUCAGAUCAGAAUACAAUGACUCUUACCAUUCAGAAUACGACAUCUGGAAAUACUUCAAUUGUCAAAUUUGACAAUCAAGAACAAAAAAUAAUGCAACGGGAAUCAGACAAAUCUGAAAAGACAGAUUUAAUGUUAAAGAAAUCAAAUUUUUCUCCGUGUCCAUCUGUCAGGACAACAAUGGCCGCUACACAAGUAUCGUCAAUAGUUUCUACAAUGGGACCAUCUACCAAACUUUUGAAUUUAGCUCCAGUUUACUCUAGAAAGUAUCUACCAAGACCUUAUUUUCAAAAAUCUGAUCCAACAGUUCAUACAAUGUAUCCUCCAACUAGACCCAAUGAUUCAGCGUCAGUUUUAUCUACAGCCUUUUUGCCUGCUGGAACUCCGAGUUCAACUCAAUAUGAUGGUAAAAAUUCAAUUCAAACUGAUAUUUCUUAUUCAACACAAACUGUUCAACAGAAUUUGACUCCAAGAGUAUCAACAUCUUCAAGAACACCUGUAAAGGUCCCUUUAAAUGAAGCUAUGAACUUGAUCAAUGCAAAAUCUUGGGACACCAUACCAAUGACAACGCCAGUAUCAAAAGAAUUAGUUAGGGAUUCUACAUCAUCAAGCUCUGAGAGCUCAGCAUCAACAAGGUUUGAGAACUCAGCAUCAACAAGGUCUAAAAGCUUAACAAUGCCUGAGAGCACAGGAUCAGUAUUUCCAUUGGUAAUAUUUCCUAAUGUAGCUGCAUCACAGAACAAAGGAAAUGACCUUCAGCAAGGUGAAUCUACACACAAUAAUAUAUCACAAUCAGGUGAAUCUACACACAAUAAUGUAUCACAAUCAGGUGAAUCUAUACACAAUAAUGUAUCACAAUCAGGUGAAUCUAUACACAAUAAUGUACCACAAUCAGGUGUCAGUCAAGUAUCCUAUUCAAUCAACCAGAUGGUGCCAAUACUAAGAAAUAUCCUCCAAUCUUUACAUAAUAAAGUCCAACCUUCAAACAGGGCAUCAAAUUAUAUUCAUAAUCCUGUCAUUGUCAAGAAUUCACAUAUGAGCAAUGCUUCUGUUCAUGCUAAUUCACAUAUGAGCAAUGCUUCUGUUCCUGCUAACACAGGAGAGAGAGAAAAAGAAAGAAUAUUAUGGACUAAACAGCAAACAGGGGUUUCUGCGAUUGACCAGAUGCAACCAGUACCUGAUGGUCAUCUUAUUUCUAAGGGAGAUAAUUAUAUGAAUGCUUUUGCAAACAUAGAAAAAGAUCCUACUCAAUCUCACAAUACUGAGAUUAAGAUUGAGCCACUGGAUAAAGAAUAUCUCCAGACUGAACUUUGUCGACCAGAAGUUGUAAUAGAGAAUGUUGAGAGCAAUGAUUAUUACCAAUUAUAUAAUGAAUAUAAUGGGAAACCCACAUCACAUACUAAAUCUUGUUCAUCUAGUGAGGAAUGUCUGCUCGGAAAAAUGAAGAUCAAAGAUGAAUUUGUUCCAAUGGAGAAAAACUCGGUGGUUUUUGAAAAUAUUCCAACAGAAAGUGUAAAAAGUAAACACUUCAACAUUAAUUCAGGAUUAUUUUAUUCAUCUGAAACAGAAUCUUGCCCGUCAGAUAAUGGUUUUUACCCAUCAGAUGAUGAAAUUUGCCAAUCUGGUACGGAUAUUUGCCCAUUAGUUCAGAAUAUUGGAUCAGCAGUUCAAAAUAUUGGCCUAUCAAAUACUACAACUAAUGUUGAUUGUGUUGAUAGUUCUUUGUUGGUGAGAAAUUUUCCAUUUGGUAAAGACUUCCAAGAAGAAGGAAACAAUGCUGAGGUUCUGACAGAACCUGCAGAUCAUAGAAUAAAUUUGAUAAAGAACCAACUAUUACAAUGGGAAGAUGUUGAAGGAGAGAACAAGAUGCAGAAUCCAUGCAUUGGAGAAACAAUUGCUCGAUUGUUCAACAACAGACAACAGCAAUCAACACAGGAUAUUUAUGUAUGUAAAGUGAAACAAGAAGCUUUAGAUGAGACGGACAUAGUUAGACAGCUGGUUCCAGAACCAUUGAAUAAUACAGUAUCAACAGCAGAUAGUGUGCCUAAUGAGAAUCCAAUUCUAGAUGAAAGUGAACAAAAUACACAACAGCUUGGUAAUGUGGUUGAAAUAAAACAAGAAAUUCCAAUGGAGGCAGAUGAACCUGUUCCACAGAUUUCAGAGUCUUUAAAUGUAAUCUUACCACCAGUUGUUCACGAAACAGAGGAACCUUCAAUGGAGACAGAAAAAGCAGUUCAACAAAUACCAAAACCUUUAAAUGCAAACUUAUCACCAGGUGCUGCACCAUUGUCAACACCUGGACUAACUCAGUUAGUUAUUACUCCUGUAUAUGAGUUGAUAGAUGGAAAGAUACAGAUAAAACUGUGUUUAAAACCACUAGAAAAUGUAUUAAAUCCAAAAGAAAAUCAGGAGGACAAUUUUGUAUCCCUGCCAUUGUUGUCAGGUCCAACAACUGAUAAAGAAGGUACAGAAAGUAGUAGUAAUACACAAGGUUCGCCAAAAAAUAAGGAAAAAAAGAAAUCAAGAGGCAGAGGAAUAUUACCUAAUAUUUUAUCUUCUAAUAUGAAGGUGUCUUCUGAUACUUGUAUGAAGGUUAAAAAAAAGGUGUCUUCUAAUAUGAAGGUUAAGAAAAAGGUGUCUUCUAAUAUGAAGGUUAAGAAAAAGGAAAAAGGGAAUGGUAAUAAAUACGAUCAAUAUGUAAAGUGGUGUGAAAUAAUGAAAACUAGAAAGAAGAGGCAAAAUGAAGAUCCAGAAAUCGAAAUGGAAAGUGUUUGUGAUGCAGUCAACGAAAAUGAAACUGAUGAUCUAGAUACAACCCUUUUAGAAUCAAACAAUGUUGAAAGAGGAGAUAUUCAACAGAAGAAAGAAAAUAGAUCUGUUAUAAAUUGGGAUGUUGAUUUAGCAUGUUUAGAAGAGCUUCAAACUAGCGAAAAAGAAAAACAAUUGAUAGAUUCAGAUGAUGUUGAUUUAGCAUGUUUAGAAGAGCUUCAAACUAGUGAAGAGGAAACACCAUUGAUAGAUUCAGAUGAUGUUGAUUCAGAAGAGAUUCAACAUAGAAGGGAGGAUAUAUCUCUGAACAAUUCAGAUGUUUUUGAUAGAAGAGAGGAUAGAUUGCAUAUGAAUCUAGACAUUGAUAUGGAAAUGAUUAAACAUACAGAAGAGGAUAAUUUGUAUACAGAUUCUGAUGUUAUUGAUUCAGAAGAAAAUCAACAUAGAAGAGAGAAGAAUAAAUCACUGAAAGUUUUUGAUGUUGAUAAAAGAGAAGAGGGUAGUUCACUGGUAGAGUCAGAUGUGUUUGAUAGAAGCAAAGAUAGAACAUUAAUAUAUUCAGAAAAAAAUUAUAAGGAAGACAUUGGACAUAAGAUAAAGGAUAGAUCAUUGAUAGAUUCAGACAUUGUGGAUCCUAAAAAAGUUCAACAUAGAACAGAACAUAACUUGUUGACAGAUUCAGACAUUGUGGAUUCAGAAGAGAUACAACCUGAAACAGAAGAUAAAUCAUUGAUAGAUUCAGACAUUGUGGAUUCAGAAGAGAUACAACCUAGGACAGAAGAUAAAUCAUUGAUGGAUUCAGACAUUGUGGAUGCAGAAAAGGUUCAAAACAAAACUGAAGAUGGAUCUUUGAUGGAUUCAGACAUUGUGGAUCCAGGAGAGAUACAACCUGGAACAGAAAAUAAAUCAUUGAUAGAUUCAGACAUUGUUGAUACAGAAGAGGUUCAAAACAAAACUGAAGAUGAAUUUUUGAUGGAUUCAGACAAUGUUGAUUCAGAAAAUAUUCAAUAUCCAAUAGAGAAUGGAUUAAUGAUAGAUUCAGACAUUAUUGAUUCUAUAGAGGUUCAACUUAGAACAAAAGAUACAUCAUUGAUGGAUUCGGAUAUUGUUGAUUUAGAAGAGACUCAGCUCAGAACAGAGGAUAAAUUGUUGAUAGAUUCAGACAUUGUUGAUUCAGAAGAAGUUCAACUUAGAACAAAAGAUACAUCAUUAAUGGAUUCUGAUAUUGUUGAUACAGAAGUAAUUCAGCCUACAAAGGAAGACAUUAUCAAGUGUAAUGACAAUACUAUGGCUACAUCUGAUGAUAAGUUGACGGGAACUGAAGACAGUACUCUAGCUUCAACAGAAAGUCCUAUCCAACCUAAAGGUGACAAGGAGGAGACAACUCCCUUGAAACGUUCUACAAGAUGCAGAACAAAGUCUAGGAAAAUGACUGAAAAUGAAAAUUCAACAAUCGUGACAAUUGAAGGUGAUGAGAUGUCAACUUCUUUGAAAGGUGCUGAGGAGACACUUAAAACAAGUACCUGGAAGAGUUCUUGGAAUGAGGAGACACGUGCCUUGAUAGGGUGUAUGAAAUUCAGUAAAAUCAACGCUAAAAUUACUGAUGCUGCUUAUAAAAAAAUUCAUGGUAAAAAAUGGUACAAAGAUGAUCCAGCUGAACAGAUAAUGAGGCUACUUAUUUUCCAAGCUAUCAUAAGCAAGACUACUGGGAAGUUGGCAUGUAGGUUUUGUACAAAAACAUUUUGGUAUGAAAAGUAUCUAGAGCAGCACCUAAAAUUGUCACAUCUCGAAGAAAGAUCAUGUGAUCAAAAGAUAACAGAUAAUAAGUUUAUCAGGUAUCUUCAUGAGAUAACAGAAGAUUUGAAUAAGAAAUGCAGAGAGCUUGAGCGUGCACUGGAAGACAAGACCAUGCUUGCUGCACCACAGUCCAGUAAUAACACCACACAUCCGUUAAACAAAAAUGAAGAAAACCAACCAAAAACUAAUGCAUCCAAUAUCAAGAUCAUUCUAACUGAUGUUACAUGUGAAGACUUGGCGUUACUACUGUUUGUUUACACUAUCGAUGAUUGGUUUUGUCAAGCAUGCAACAGAAAAUUCUACACUAAAAAUUUUAUCAAUGAGCUUCAGGAUCAUGAUUGUGGUAAAAAAUAUUCAAUACUUUACAUCCGUCCUUCUAAAACUACCAAAAAGUUUUUAUCACGACCUUUCUUCUCAGUUGUCAAGGACUGGUCAAAAAGAGAACUGUGUCAUUUUAGAUCUGUUCCAGUAUGUUUCCUGUUGAAUUAUGAUGGCACAGAUUGUCUUGAAGAAGAAAAAAGUGUUGAUGGAAUGGUAAAAAAGUUCCGAAAAGAGUUCUCCUUAAAAUAUGACAUGGAAGUGCUAUUUAAGAAAAUCAAAGAAGUAAGCUGUCCUAAUUGUAAAACAAAAAUUAUCUUAGAUGAUUAUAAGAGUCAUUCCUGCUUGCCACAAGCUACUGUUGUGUGUUAUUGCAAUAUUUGCAAAAUUGGUAUGGGUUCCGGUUUGCAAUUAAAAGCUCACAAUUUUUUCUUGCACAAAAAAAAUUUGCAACACAUGUCUUUUCAACAAAUACCACCCAUAGCUGUCAGAAAUGCAGAAAGUCAAUGUCCUGAAGAAUGGCCCACGGCUGUCAGCCAUACAGAAAGUCAAGGGCACCAAGAACCUCCCACAACUGUUAAUAUUGCUGGAAGUCAAGGGCACCAAGAACCUCCCACAACUGUUAAUAUUGCAGGAAGUCAAGGGCAAAUAGAACUGCCCACAGGUGUCAGUCAUGCAGAACAUGAAGGGCACAAAGAUCUGACCACAGGUGUCAGUAAUACAGAAAGUCAAGAACAUGAAGAUCUACCUGCAACUGCCAGUAAUACAGAUAUUCAAGGGCACAAAGAACCGCCCACAGCUGUCAGUAAUACAGAAAGUCAAGGGCACAAAGAACCGCCCACAGCUGCCAUAAAUACAGAAAGUCAAGAACGCAACCAAUUGAGUACAUGGGAAAACCAAAAUACUGAGACCGAAAUUGUUCAGGGAAGUGAGCAACAUCAAGAAAAAGAUUACCUUAUACAUCAUGUAUUUAAAUGGGAGAUAGCGGGAUUGAAUCAUCGAAUGAUAGAAUCUAUUCUUAGAAUAAUUGUAUUUUAUACAGACAUAGAUAUUGCACUUUAUUUAGAGCCGCUAGACACUAUACUGAAAAAGGCCAACUUUGAAGUUGAGACAAAAGGCAGUAGAAACAGUUUUAGAAUCAGACAGAAACGAAUAGAAAAAUUUAAUGGUAAACAUUUACAGAAGAAAGAAGCACAGAAGGUUUUACAGAAGCAAGGAGAACAAACUGUGGAUGCUUUACCUUUACAGAAGGAGGGAGAGCAUAAUGUUCAUUUACAAAAGAAAAAAGAGUAUACAGCUGAUGAGGUUGAAGUUGCUCUGGAAUUUUACAGGUGUAAAAUCUGUGAUAAGGGGUUCAGGUACUAUGUUAAAAUGAGAGAUCAUAUGUUUGAAGAACAUCCCGAAGAAAAAAAUCGCUGCAAAGUUUGUCAACAGAUGUUUCGAUCCAGACCAAAGUUAAGAGAUCAUAAAAGAAAUACACAACACUAUGUUAGAUAUACUCCUUUAAAGAAGAAAGGAGGGGAACUCGGCAAUGCUGUACCUUUACAGAAGCAAGGAGAGCAUACAGUAGAUGUUUUACCUUUACAGAAGCAAGGAGAGCAUGGAGUAGAUGUUUUAUCUUUACAGAAGCAAGGAGAGCAUAGAGUAGAUGUUUUAUCUUUACAGAAGCAAGGAGAGCGUAGAAUAGAUACUUUACCUGUACAGAAGGAGGGAGAGCUUAAAGUAGAUAUUUUACCUUUACAGAAGAAAAGAAAGCAUACUGUAGAAACUAUUCAUAAACAAAUAAAAAGAAAGCAUAAUGUUCAUGCUGUUCGUAAACAGCAGGAAAAAGAGCCAACAGCUGAUGAGGUUGAACUCGCUCUGACAUAUUACAAUAAUAUGUGCAAGUGUAAAAUCUGCGAUAAGGGGUUCAGUGACUAUGCUGAAAUGAGAGAUCAUAUGUUUGAAGAACAUCCCGAUGAAAAAAAUCGCUGUAAAGUUUGUAAACAGAUGUUUCGAUCCAGGCAACUGUUAAAAAAUCAUGUUAGAAACGCAGGACACUAUGUUAGAUAUACUCCUUCAAAGGAGAAAGGAGGGGAACUCAGCAAUACUUUACAUUUAGAGAAGGAAGGAGAGCAUACCGUUAGUGAUGAACAAUGUCUGGCAAAUGACAAUGGUUUCUACAAGUGUAAACACUGCAAUAAGGGGUUCAGUCGACUUGUGAAAUACAAAAAUCAUCUAUUAAAAGACCACCCUGAUGAAAGAAAUCGCUGUAAAAUUUGUCAUAAGAUGUUUGGAUCCUAUCAUAUGUUAAGAAGACAUGUUAAAAAAACAAAACACUAUACAUUGAAAGUUGUUGAAAAAACAAAAACAAAGAAAGUAAUACUGUGUGAAUACUGUGGAGGAAAGUUCUAUAAAUGGACUAGUCUUAAUUAUCAUAUUAAACAUUAUCAUUCAGGUGAUAAAAAACCUCGAAAACCUCGAGAAUGUGUUCUUUGUGGAAAAGUUUUUGUGACUGUGGCUGAAUUUGCUUCUCAUCGUAAGAACGAUCACUCAACGCAGUGUAAGAUAUGUCUGAAAACAUUUUGCGAUGUGCUACAUCUUGAAAGACAUCACAAACUGAAGCAUUUACAAAAAAAGUUUAAAUGUCCAAAGUGCUGGAGGACUUAUGCUUUUGAAUACAUGCUUAAAAUGCAUAUCAAAUUUAUUCAUGAGGAUUACAAACCAUACAGUUGUGAUAUAUGUAACUACAAGUGCUAUAUGAAGAAUGCUAUUACUUCACAUAUGAAAAACAAUCACUAAGGUAUUAGGCAGCAACCAUUCAACUCCAAGGGGGGGUAUGUUUUUUUUGUAUCAGGUAGUAAAUUUUGUUUAUUUAGUUUUUCCAAUGCUAUCAAUCGCUUUAUUUUUUUCCAAAAUUUAAACUUUAAGUAAUGGAUCUGGAUUCAGAAUAUUUUUAAUUCUUUUUUAGUAAAAACAUAGCCCUCUCUUGAAGUUGAAUUAUCGUUUCCUUAGAACACUGAAUAAUUCCUGUAUUAUGUAUUUUUAAAAUACAAUAUUUUGUUUUUAUGUCUUUUUUUGAUAGGUUAUUUGAGCUAUUGUCAGUGCUUAAUUGCUCAUUCUUGGUUAACCCUUUCUUCCAUGGAUUUUUUUUUAACAUAGAUUCACAAAGGAUUUUUUCAUUAAAAAAAUUAUUCAGUUUUUUAAAAGUAUUAAUGCAUUGCGAAAACGAACAUUUCAUCAGUAAAGUUCUAGUCAUAUAUUCUCGUGAAUAUCCUUUUUAUAUUAGAUCCAAAUUUUAUCAAGUUUGAUACAGACUUUUCCUAGGCAAGACAUUUCAUUGAUAUAGACCUUCCUAGGCAAGACGUUUCGCCAAAAGAGUAAUGUUUUUAUACAUCUCUUAAGAUAUCUACAUGAUCGUGCAAUAAGUAGGUAUUAAUAGACAUUUUACAUUGAAGUUGAUCUACUUUUUUGUUUACCAAAUAAUACCUGUAGAAUUUAAUAAUGUUCAAUCUCUCAUAUAUUUUCAUCAGAUUAUAGAACUGAUAUUUUGAUAAAACGGUACAUGUACAUGUACUGUGGAUUGAUUUUGUUAUAGCUGACUUUUGUGAUUUGAUGAUGUUAUAUAAAAAGUAUGACAAUGUAUAA